AUGGCGGAGGGCCAUCUCACAUCAGGGGUCCGGGUGCCUCUCGAUCUCGUUCGCCUGUCUCUUAGUGAGCGUAUCUAUGUGAAGCUACGCGGGGACCGCGAGUUAACCGGCGUCUUGCAUGCGUUCGACGGUCAUAUGAACUUGAUAAUGAGCGAUGUUGAAGAGACUAUAACGAUUGUCGAAGGAUUACAUGAACAAAUCCCUGGGCAGCAGCCCACAAUUCGAGUAGCGAAACGUAACCUAGACCUUCUAUUCAUAAGAGGGGACGGUGUUAUUCUUGUCUCACCGGGAGCCAGAUGAUCGCGAAGUCUGCUUCUACCCAUACGCGUUGUUUUGUGCACCAUGGACUAGGCUUGAGUCCUGGUCAUUGAGGACCGUGUGUUGCUGCGUCCACGUUCUCCUCGACCUGAAUGUCAUGACACCUUCUGACUUGGUCCCCUCCCGUUCUUCAAAUGCAAGACCGAAAAAUUUAUACUGUCAUUAGUCAGACGGGUGUGUUCCCGGAGAUAUGAUGCAUUCAGGUUGAAACGAUGUCAAAACGUGUGUAGGCGAAAAAAAUCGAGAUUCCACCAAACGAAAUUCUGGAAGUACACGAAUUGUGUGUUAGGUGUCAGUGACUCAUGAAUGGUUCAGCGGUCCCCAACAGUGCAGUAGCUCAG